AUGAAAAAUGCUAAUGCCAUUGAUCAGUGCUUGUCCUGGGGUCUGAAGGUAGGGACAGAGCCCCAGAGCAGCCCCACCGUAGUCCCAUAUCAGGAUGGACCCUCAGAAAAGUUGGGUCAGCAUCUGGCCACCGAGGUUUUGGGCACUAGCAGCUGGGAGAGAGACAAGGCCUGUCGGGAGCCAGGUCCUGUCAGAACACGCAGUGCCUCCCGAGACAAAGACUUGACGCCACCGCCUUCCUCCAGGGGGAAGAAGAAAAAGAAGAAAUCUACCCGGAAGAAGAGAAGGAGGUCCCCAUCCUAUAGCCCAUCACCUGUCAAGAAAAAGAAGAAGAAAAGUUCCAAGAAGCAUAAGCGACGCAGGUCAUUCUCCAAGAAGAGAAGGCACAGCUCCUCUAGCCCAAAAAACAAAAGACGGGAAGAGAAGAGGCACAAAAAGCAAUCUCGAAGCCGGCCCCGAAAGUCUCACCGCCACCGCCAUCACCGCUGCCCCUCACGGUCCCAAAGCUCGGAGUCCCACCCAUCAAGCUGUGAGAGCAGGCAUCACGGCCGGUCCCCUGAGGAAGGGCGGAAGUCCCGCCGAAGGCACUCCCGUCGCUGCUCCAAGACUCUCUGCAAAGACAGCCCCGAGGCCCAGUCCAGCUGCCCACCCAGCCAGCCAUUCCAGAUGCUCGGCUUCCUGUCGGCCAGGGGUGUAAUCACUGGGUCGGGGUCUGCCGCUGACCUCUUUACCAAAACAGCCAGCCCACUCACCACCUCUCGAGGACAUUCCCAGGAGUACGACUCAGGCAAUGACACGUCCUCACCACCCUCCACGCAAGCCAGCUCAGCCCGGUCUCGGGGCCAGGAGAAGGGGAGCCCUGGUGGGGGCUUAAGCAAGAAUCGGGAGCUCAACAGUGGCAACACUUCUGAUUCAGGGAACUCCUUCACCACCUCCUCGCCCCAGAACAAGGGGGCCAUUUUGGAAAAUCUCUCCCCCACCAGCAGGGGCAGAGAGUCAAGGGGAUUUCAGUCACCGUGUCUAGAAUGUGCGGAAGGAAAGAAGCCCAAUUUGGUCCCAUCCACAGCCCGGAGCUCCCCCAUGAGAGGGUGCUCCCGCAGCUCCUCCUAUGCUAGCACCCGGUCCUCCAGUCACUCCUCCCGAUCCCCAAACCCCAGAGCCUCCCCCAGGUACACCCGGAGCCGAUCCACCUCCUCUGAAAAAAGGUCCUUCUCCCGCUCUCCCAGCUAUUCCUCCAAGUCUGGCAAGAGAAGUCCGCCCAGUAGAAGCUCUCGGUCCCGCCGCAGCCCCAGCUACUCCCGCUACAGCCCCAGCAGGGAGCGGGACCCCAAGUACAGCGAGAAGGACUCGCAGCAGCGGGAGCGCGAGCGAGCGCGUCGGAGACGUCGGUCCUACUCGCCCAUGAGGAAGCGCCGGAGAGACUCCCCGAGCCACCUAGAGGCCCGGAGGAUUACAAGUGCCCGGAAACGCCCCAUCCCCUACUACCGGCCCAGCCCCUCCUCAUCCGGCAGCCUCAGCAGCGCCUCCUCCUGGUACAGCAGCAGCAGCAGCCGCUCGGCCAGCCGCAGCUACUCCCGCAGCCGGAGCCGGAGCCGGAGCCGGAGCCGGGGCCGGGGCCGGAGCCGGAGCCGAAGCCGAAGCCGAAGCCGGAGCCGGAGCAGGACCCGCACUAGCAGCAGCUCCAGCUCCCGCAGCCCCAGCCUGGGCAGCCGGAGCCGGAGCCGGAGCCGGAACCGGACCCGGAGCCGGAGCCGGAGUCGGAGCCGGAGCCGAAGCUACAGCUCAGCAGACAGCUACGCUAGCACAAGGCGCUAAGCCAGGGCCGUCCCUUGAGCCAGCUGCCCAUAGGGGUCCCUUGGCUCUGCAAGCUUCCCCCACCACCUGUCCCCCCAUGCCUUCUCCUUGAUAACGGAUACUGAGGGCUCCUGGACCCUGUCCUUCCUGCUCUCCUGGGGAGGAGGAAAAGAGGGUACUGAGACUUCACUCUCUGUGUCAAGCUUCUAGGAGUCUCUACCAGCACCAUCCUAGGGCUCAACUCAGGCCUCGGCCUAUGGAGAUAACCAUCCUCUUGUGGCACAGAAAACCCUUAAGGUUUUGCAAGGAGCAGUGGUAAAAAAUUGGGACCUGGCCAGGAAAAUGUAGAAACAGCUCUUCUCGCCCACUGCUCACAGGGUGCACAAAUAGCAGGAGGCCAGAGGUAAUUCUGCUCACCCACCCUCAACCUCCCUUUGUCCAGUGUCAUGGCUGCACGUGGAUGGACUCCCAUGUGGGAGGAGGCAAGAGAAGAGACCAAGGACAGUUCCAGUCCAAGAUGAAGGGUCAGGCCCUUAACCUCCCCAAACAGGCCAGAGCAAAGGCUGGAAGGCACUUAGGUCCUGGAAGAGGGGAUGUAAUCAGUAGGGGACAUGGACAUUUGAGUUGGUGGGAAGUGUCAGGAGAUAGGAUUUGGAUUCUCUGGUUAUGCAGAUAGAUGCAAAAGGGAAGGGAUCAGUCUGCUCUCUCCAACAUCUCGGCAUGGUCAGGAGAGGGAGCCCAGUAAGUCCCAGCUAUAGAGAGCACACCACAUCGUUUACACAAAACACCUCUUGGCUGUUCACGGGCAUCCUGCACCCUACAAGAAAGGAGACAGUGAAACAAUCAAGACAGUUUGGUCUCCAGCCCCGUUUCCCAAAUUUGCUGCAGCCCCACUGGCUGGCACCAAUUUAGUUCCACGGGACCAUCUGCUGAACAUUCCUCAGUGUCAUGGCCGGCUGCCAGCCCCCAGCGCCAGCCAGUCUGGCCUUACCCUCCGGUUGGCGCCUGCUGGCCCCCUCCCCACUGCCCAGACUGCCACACCCUGGAUCUUCACCCAUGCAGCCUGGCACCUGCCCACCCACCCUUCAGCCUAAGCCACUCCCCUUGCCUCUCAGGAAUUUUGCCAGGAUGGGACACAGAGGCUCAGGUUUAGAGGGAAACAACCAAAUCCAGAGCCCAGGGAAGAGGGCCUGGGAUGCUCCAUGUCGUGGGCUCCUGCUGGUUUCUGACAUUUCUUGUUAGCUUGAGCAAGACCCGUCAUCAUUUCUGCCCUCACCCCACCUUCCUCCUGCCCAGGACUGGGCAAAGAGGGUAAGUUGAUCUCCAAUACACAAAUACCACCAGCUGCUUCAUCCACAGAAGGCGCUGAGAACAGGGAGGUGAGGAAUAAGAUCCUUAAAAUAAACUCUCGGGCAUCCCCCUCACCAGCUGCCUGGCUUUCCGGAACCUUGUGGGUGAGUUUCAAGUUUGUGAUGGCAACAGCCACCGAUAAGGCAUGGAGGGAGAGUGGGAGAGGGGACAAUGCCCAACUUUUGGAUACUUUGGGUUAUGGGGAAGCAGGGACCCCAAACAUAGUUUAUCCCUUCCAUCCCAACAAAAACAAUUAUGUUUUGGUGGGAAGCAGUGACCUCUCCCCCACCCAAUCUCUCCCAUCAUAUCAGCCCAUGAGGCCAGAGACCGCCAAGCAACCACCCCAAAAGUCCUCCCUCCCUGAGGAGAGGAGCGAGGCCGACCCAGGAAGCAGUGGAUGACCUGGCUUUCCCACAAGGGCCUCUGGGUCAGAUCUAAGCCCCGCCCACCAAGGCCAACAGAUGUCAAUGCUGUCACCACAGAAGGCCAGAAAGCAGGUGCCUGGGACAGGCUCAGGUGCCCGAGGUCAUGGACUGCCACUGUAAAUAACCUUCUUCCCUGCCCAGGAAACCAGACUGGACUCCAGUCUCCCUUCAUGAAGACAAUUCCCGAAGCCACCAGACCUCCUCAGCAGGCCAGCUGUAAGUGGCCGAGGAGCCUUUCAUUCGGACUGCCUUCAUUCAGACAACUCUAGGGGACCGUUUUGCCUGAGACUCCUAGCAAA